AUGCCGCGUCCAUCCGAGCGCCCGGAUUUGGAGCAGAUCCUGCAGAGAGUGCAGAGCCAGCAGGCCGAGUCUCAGGAGAGCUUGAAGCUGUUGGCGGAGCAGCAUCGACAGUGGCAGGCCACCAUCGUGUCGUUGCUGGCGUGUGACCGUCCUCUCUCUCCUUUGAACGAGUGGGCCGCGGAUCUGGAGCCAGCGAAAGUCCGCAACAAUCUGCCAGAGUCGCCCUCCGAGCUCCACUCGGAGGGCUUGGCUCACUCCAUUGUCUCCCCGAGUGAAAAGCACAAGCAGGCGAGACAAAAUACCAUACUGCAGCAGAUGGUGGAGGAAGUGGAGAUCGAGAUGCACGCCAACGAGGAGCCUGGCUGGCGGAAGGGGCUCGUGGACUUUGUGAAGUCCCCCUGGUUCGAGCACAUCACUGGCAGCCUCAUCAUGGUCAACAUGAUCAUCAUCGGCAUUGAGGCAGAGAUUUCGCUGCAUGGCGGCAAGGCCGACUGGGGCAUGCAGGUUGAGCGAAGCUUCCUGGCGAUUUACACCGUGGAGCUGGUUCUGCGGGUGAUGGCCUAUGGCACUCGCUCCCUGCGGAGCCCCUGGAUGCUGCUGGACCUCUUCCUGGUCAUUUUGGGCUUCGUGGCGCUGGUCUUGGCGCCGCUGUUUCGGGGCAGCGCGCUGGACGGCUUCGACAAGCUCAUGGUGGCGCGGGGCCUACGGCUGCUGCGCCUGGCGCGCGCGCUGCGGCUCUCCCGGCGCUUCAAGGUCGUUUGGCGACUUGUGAAUGGAUUGCUGACGGCGGGGGGCACGAUGUUGUCCACAACUGCGUUGAUUUCGCUGACGCUCUUCAUUUCUGGCUGCGUGGCCGUUGAGAUCAUCACCAAAGACAAUGACCUGAUCAGCAACCCUUCGACAGGGCCAAUCGUCCAUUACUAUUUCGGCUCCUUGCCCAAGUCGUGUUUGACUCUGCUGCAGUUUGUGACUGUGGAUUCCCUGGCAGCCGUUUACUACCCACUCAUAGUAGAGAAGCCGUAUUUGUCCCUGUUCUUCUUGCCGCUCAUGAUUUUGAUCUCCGUGUGCCUCAUGAAUUUGGUGACGGCCGUGCUGGUAGAGACAUCUAUGAACUUCACCGCCAGCGAACAGGAGCGAGAGCGUCUGGAGACAAAGGAGAAAAUUAAGCAGGCUCUUCCCGAUCUUUGCAAUUUGUUCGAUGAGUGGGACGAGGAUCACGAUGGUUCCAUCACACGAGCUGAGCUUGGGAAAUUGCCCAUCGACGUCCUUCCAGCCUAUCUCGUAGAGGUCAUGCCCGUUGACAGCAUGUCGGAACUGUUUGAUCUCCUGGAUGUGGAUGAAACCAACUCGUUGACCCGGGAGGAGCUUGUGGACGGACUGCUGAACCUGCUCCUCCUAGAUAUACCUCGCUGGGCGAUCGAACAUGUAAAGAUGUUGCGCUUGAUCCGCUUGCAGCUCCUUGAGAUGAAUCGGAGCUGUAGGCCAAGAAUCCCGCCAUGCUCCGCCUGA